UGUGGCGCUGCCACUGCGCAGGUGUCCUGGCCCCCCAGCGCCAAUGCAGUGAGCUACGCGGUGCGAGCCACCAGCAACGGGCAGAACCUCACCUGCAGCAGCCUCAGCACCAACUGCACGCUGAGUCCGGUGGUCUGUGGCCACGCCUACAACAUCCUUGUGUCUGCUACCGACGGCACGUGUGUCAGCAACUUCAGUGCCCCCUUCAAACAAGACCAAGGUACUGGCAGAGAGGUCUGGUCCUCAGCCAAAAGACGGUAGAUAAUGAAGAUGCAAAUUCAAGCCGAGUGAUUUGAUGAGUGACGUUAAUUCAUAUCAAAGCAUCAAGUGACACGUCUUGUGGUCGUGCAGGGGGGUUUUGUCACUUCUUCAGUUUGUCUUGAAUGUUUCUGACACAGCAUGUAUUUACAGAUGUGCACCGAUUAACAUAAUGUAUGAAAAGGAAUAGUUUGACAUUUUGGGGGAUAAUUAUAGUUAUUCCAUUGCCUUCCUUGUUCUUGCAAUAAACGGAAGGAAUAAAAACAUGCUUUAUCUCACUUGACUCAAGAAUGUCUGCAAGCAACCAAUAAUAAGGUCUUCAACAUAAAACCACAACUUGUCGUUUUCACACAUCUGUUUUCGUAUGUAACACAAAGAAUAAGUAUUCGAUGAUGAGUGAGAUCUAGAGGUACAAUCGGUUUCCCCCUGUCGCCUGACUUUAUGCUACGCUUAGCGAACACAUUGCUGGUGGUAGUUUCAUACGUAGCGAGAGGUAUGAGGAAGGAAACAGUCAAGCACAUUCCCCAACAUGUCGAACUAAUCCUUCACAUUGUGUUCUGUCUCUGUUAGUACCAUGCGCUCCAGAAGACUUCAGGACGGAGCUGAUGUGCGGCACCGAUGACGCGGCGGCCAGCUGGAACACUUCUGCCGUGCCGCUCAACUACAGUGUGCACGCUGCGCCGCUGGCUGGACGUCUCGAUGCAGUCGCGUGCCACACUGGCAGUGCCAGCUGCAGGCUGAGGGCUCUCCGGUGCGGACAGACGUAUAACGUCUCCGUCAAAGCGUCCUCUGGCAGCUGCAGUGGACCAUACAGUCUCCCACAGACGGUUCAGACCGCCCCCUGCCCCCCCGGCAGCCUCACAGCAGUGUCGGACUGCGGCACGAGCUCUCUUCGGGCCUCCUGGAACGCCUCUGUCGGUGCCACCACCUACACGACGACGGUGACGGGCCCCGGUGGCUUCUCUGAAACCUACUCCACGUCAAACCUCACGCGCUCUGUCUCCGGCCUGCGGUGUGGCAGCCAGUACAACGUCACGGUGACGUCCCAGGGCAGCUGCACCAGCUCCCCGAGCCAAACUGUUCUGACGACAGGACCAUGUGACCCUGUCAACGUGACCAGUGUCCUCCAGUGUGGAUCAGACGCGGCCACGGUGUCCUGGGACGCUGUCGCCAGGGCCGUCCACUACACCGUUCACGCUCGACAGGACAGCUCUCAGCAUUCCACUUCCUGUCGGAGCAGUACGACUUCCUGUCAGCUGAACCAGCUGCAGUGCGGGAAGGUUUACAACUUGACUGUGAUGGCCGAGGACGCCACUUGUAACAGCACCGGACGCAUCAGUACACUCCUGAUGACAGCUCCUUGCUCUCCCUCGAUCCACAACAGCAGCCUGGUCUGUGGCACCAAUUCUUCCUCUCUGUCAUGGAUGCCGAUGGCCUGUGCCACAGCUUACACAGUUAAUGCGACAGCUACAAACGGGCACACAGCGUCAUGCAGCUCAGCCACUGCUUCAUGCACCCUGACAGAUCUCCUGUGCAGUGAAACCUACACGACCACAAUCAUUGCACGAGGGAGCCGGUGUGACAGCGCACCUGGCUCCGGCGCCAACAUUACGACAGCCCCCUGUUCUCCAGCUAUCUUAUCUAAGCAAUACACGUGUGGUAACAACACAGCAGUGUUCAGUUGGACUGACCCGGUGGGACGCGUGGACUUUCUGGCUCAGGUAUCAAGAGAAGGGUAUCAGGACACCUGCCAGACUACAAACACCGAUUGUGCGUUCCAUAAUCUUGCUUGUGGCUUGGAUUUUAAUCUGACCGUCCAAGCUCAGGGGGCGCAGUGCGACAGCAUCCCAAGUGUCAGUGAAUCUAUGGAAACAGUCCCUUGUGCCCCGCAGAAUGUGAGCGCCACACUGGUCUGCUUGGAUCGCUCGGCCCUGGUGUCGUGGGCAGGAAGCCCCAGUGCUGUCGGAUACAAUGUGACGGUGACGGGCCGAGCUGCGCACACACACCACGGCCACAGCAACACGACCAGCUCUCAGCUACCUGGCAUCCACUGCGGUGACACCUAUGGCAUCACGGUGACACCGUACUCCGAGACAUGCACAGGACACACAAGUGCAGUUUACAGCUUUGAAGCAGGUCUUUGCGCUCCGAGUAACGUCUCUGUGUCUGCGGCGUGCGAGGACAGCGCUGUCUCCUGGUCUCGUGUUGCAGGGGCUGAGAUAUACAUCGCUAUAGCAACUGCAAAUGAUGGACACAAUCAAACUUGCAGCUCAAACUAUUCCAGCUCAUGUAAUUUCACUGACCUACACUGUGGGGAAACCUAUGCCGUCACUGUUGUGACUGUGGACCGGGGAUGCUGGAGCGAGCCGAGCUCAGCCGCGCAGCUGAGAACAGGUCUGUGUCCGCCUACUAACUUGACAGGCCAAGUGAGUUGUGAUACCAACACACUGGCCCUCACAUGGGACCAGAAUCUGGUGUCCGGGGCCACUUACACUUUACAAACUGAGAAGAUAGGUGGCACACUGCCUCUAUCAAUGCACACUACCUCUAAUACCUCACACACACUGACCAACCUGCUGUGUGGACAGAGAUAUGCUUUCCGCAUCGCGGCACUGGACGGAGACUGCAACAGCAGCUACAGUCCGCCCAUAGGAAUGAGCACAGCCCCAUGUAAGCCAACCAACUUCACUGGCCACGUGGACUGUGGGACAAACAAAGGGCAUUUCUCCUGGUCUGAGAGCCGCGGGGCAGGUUUCUACACGGUUGAGGUGACGGGAGAGCACGGCCACGUCGCAUCCUGUUCCUCCAGUGACGCCUCCUGUGCUGUAAAGCUGCACUGUGGCCGGUCAUACUCGGCUUCACUGGUGGCUUCCACAGAGAGCUGCAACAGCAGCAAACAUGCUGACCUUAACUUUGACUCCGCUCCGUGUCUCCCUGAAGAUGUCUUAGCUGAGUUACAGUGUGACAGCAACGUGAUGAAUGUGAGUUGGACUCAGACCCCGGGCCAAGACGAGUACACCGCCUGGGCCAUCAGCCCUGGUGGACACCGAGCGUCCUGUAACUCAUCGUUCAACUCCUGCUCCAUCCAUGAGCUGCGGUGUGGCGGGGUCUACGAGGUGGCCGUCACCUCCUCCUCCAUUCACUGCACCAUCAUCGCUGGGUCCGACUACACGGUUCAGUCUGCUCCUUGUAAACCCGAGAACACCACUGUGGAGCGGAACUGUAGCAGCAACGCCGUGACAGUGAGGUGGAACCAGAGCAGCACGACACAGAACUACACGGUGCAAGCCACGUGUGCUUCAGGGGUUAACUCCACCUGUGACUCCCCGGAGAGCAGCUGCUCCUUCCUGGACCUGAGCUGUGGUCAGCUCUGCACUUUCACUGUGACGGGACACACGAACGUGUGCGUCAGCGAGACCAGCACUCCUCAGGAGAAGCUCACCGCCCCAUGUCCUCCCACCAAUGUGUCAGCUGAACUGAACUGCACCACAGGGACCGCUCUGGUCCGCUGGCAGAGCUCAGCUGCAGCCGCAGCCUACAGCGUCGAGGCAACCUCCACGAAUGGAAACACCUCCUCCUGCAGUGAGGCGGGCACAUCCUGUCACCUCAAUAACCUGGUCUGUGGACAGGACUACUCUGUUGUUGUGGAGGCAAUGCACACUGGCUGCCCAGGCCCCUCCAGCCUCCCCGCCAGGCUCACUACAGAGCCCUGUGUCCCCGCGGAUCUCUCUGUCCACUACAAUAUGAGCACCGCUCAGGUGACGUGGGGGCCAGCAAGAGGUGCCAGCUCGUACUCUGUCCAGGCUGUGACUGACCAGGGCUUGACCGUCUCCUGUAACACCACCAACAGCAGCUGCCACCUGAAUGGCCUGCAGUGCAGUCACGUGUACAACGUCACUGUGAUGGCACGAAACCCGGCCUGUGACGGCGUGAUCGCUGAGACCCACCGCCUCACGACAGAACCCUGCCCCCCCACCAACGUUCAAGCCAGCAUCGCAUGUGAGCAACUAAACGCGACUGUUUCCUGGCAGCAGAGCGACCUCGCUGUGGGUUAUGUCGCCUACUUUGACAACCAGAACGGCCACGACACUUCCUGCGUUGGAUCGGACGCACAUCCCCAAUGUGUCGUCUCAGGACUGAUGUGCGGCACAGUGUACAACGUCUGUGUCAAGGCGCUGGGUCGGCAGUACAACAGCUCUGACAGCACAGUGACCACCCUUACAUCAGAGCCCUGCCAGCCUGUCAUUGUAUCUGCUCAGGCGCUCUGUCAGAGCGAGGUGGUGCACAUCUCCUGGCACCAAGCAAGUGGUGUUGUGAAUUACAUUGUGACGGCCAGUGGGAGCCUCGGAUAUCUGGAGGUCCACAAUACAAGCCAGACCCUUCUGACAGCCGCUUUGCCAUGUGGACAGCACUACAAUGUCACUGUCCAGGGACGAGGCAGCGAGUGUCUCGGCAGCCCCAGCAGCCCUGCCUCCUUCAGAACUACUCCAUGUGUUCCCCGCGAUGUGAGAACCUCUGUACAGUGUGAGGUUAGCGUGGGCUCGGUGAGCUGGGCGCCCAGCGAUGGCGCUGAAACAUAUAGUGUCGUAGCAACUGGGCUUGAUGGCCACACCCAACAGUGUCUCACCAACACCACCUCUUGCACCUGGACCGACCUGCGCUGUGGAGACGAGUACGCUGUUGUGUUGAGAGCACAGGAAGGCAACUGCACCAGCCUGCCUAGCAACAGCUCAGUCAUCCACAUGGGUUCCUGCGUCCCCCAGAAUGUGUCUGCCACUGUGGCGUGUGAUUUGAAAGUGGUUUCCCUGAGCUGGGACGCCAGUAACGGGACACAGAUGUACGUGGUCUCAGGAGAGGCGGGAAACCAAACAGUCGGGCUCACCACUAACGUCACCACAGCUCACUUUUCUGACUUUGACUGUGGACAGAACUACAGCCUCACAGUAACGCCUCACAACGAGCUCUGUCCUGGAAACUCCAGCGCGGCUGCUACCAUCGAGACGUGGCCUUGUCCACCUGCAGGAAUCUCGACGAUGCAGGACUGUCUCUCUGGCAUCGUCAUGGUAACCUGGCAGGCCAGCAAUGGGUCAGCCUACUACACAGCCACCAUGCAGACUGACACUGGCAUCUCAAAAAUGUGCAUGUCUGACUCUAACGAAUGCAACGUCCCGAGCCUGACCUGUGGGCACAACUUCUCUGUGUCAGUCACGGCCUCCAGCGAGCGGUGUGACAUCGUCUCCAGGCAGACCGCACGUCUGCAGUCAGUGCCAUGUGCUCCCACCAACGUCUCUGUGGGGAUGGACUGGACCAACAACACGGCUCGGGUGUCCUGGUCUGCCAGCCGGGGGGCCGAACAGUACUCAGUGACGGCCCACAGUAGUCAUAGCAACGUCAGCUGCCACACCUCUGACCACAGCUGUAGCCUCGACAUCAUCACGUGUGGCCACCGCUCCACCGUUCAGGUGGUGGCGAUGAAUGACAACUGCUCCAGUAUCCCCAGCCAGGCUCUGAUCCUCACCUCAGCUCCCUGCCCGCCUCAGAACGUGAGCUCAGAGGUCAGCUGUUGGUCAAACGACAUGACGGUUUCGUGGGAUGCCAACAGCGAUGCAGACCACUUUAUGGUGUCGGUGACGUCAGCCGAUGGAGGAAGCAGCGAGUCCUGUAACGCCACGAGCACGGCCUGCUCCAUCAGCAACGUGACCUGUGGAAAUACAUUCAGGGUUCAAGUGGCCUCCGUCAGAGGCGCCCGCCGCAGCCAGCUCAGUCCGGCCCUCAGCAUCCUGUCGGCUCCCUGUCAGCCUCAGGGAAUCCGAGGCAACCUCGACUGUGUGACCAAUUCCGCCGAGAUAUCAUGGGAUGCCGCUCCAGGAGCGGACCGCUACGCUGUGUCUGCUGUGGGUGGAGGGGGCGAAACCGCCAACUGCACCGCGUCCUCCAACACCACGUGCGAGGUGGCAGACCUGGCCUGCGGCGUGCUUUAUAACUUCAGUGUUACUGCGAAAAAUAGCAAAUGUGAGAGUCAGCCAAGCGCCACCUUCAGCUUGCAGACAGCCCUCUGCUCCCUCGCUGGUAUCACCGCGGUUCCUCAGUGCCACAAUUCCUCCAUCCUCGUCCUGUGGGACCUGAUGGAGGGCGGCGAGGGAAGCACCGUGUACACCGCCACAGCAGAAGCCGCUGAUCGUACCUACCUGUCCUGCAACAACACCGACACUGGCUGCUACCUCCAUGGAGCGCGUUGCGACCUCCAUUACACCGUCGUUGUUGCCGCUUCAUCAGACCAGUGCAGCAGCCUGAGAAGUCCACCCUCCAGAAUUAGCAUGGAGCCGUGUCCUCCCAGGAACGUGGUGGUUAACGCCACCUGUGAGGACACCAGUGCCCUGGUGUCCUGGAGCCCCUCUCCUGUCGCAGAAACCUAUCAUGUGGUCGCCGUGGGUGUCGAUGGACAUGUUUAUACUUGCAACUCCACCUCCUGUAACUGCAGCAUGUCAGAGCUCCUCUGUGACCAGCAGUAUACCGUCGGCGUGACCGCCCGCCAUGACAACUGCUCCAGCAAGGCCAGUCAAAAUGUCACGUUCAACACAGGUCCCUGCCGGCCCACCGGUCUCUCGGUCACGCUCCACUGUAACAAUCGGUCUGCAUCGUUGUCAUGGACGCCCAGCGAUAACGCUGCGGACUAUUCUGGCUGUGCCCAGGCUGGGAGUGGAGACGUGCGGUGCUGCUCCAGCACCGACCCCACCUGCACCAUCGCGGCUCUGGAUUGUGGAACAGUUUACAACUUCUCCGUCCAGGCCUCAGAUGGGACGUGCAACAGCUCCUUCAGUGACUCCGUGCAGAGAGGAGCCGCUCCCUGUCCCCCAGACAGUGUUGAGGUGCAGCUGAUACCGAUGCAGAUGGAGAUCCAGGUGAUGCACUUCACCUGGACACGGAUCACCUGCAGCGACACCGAGUACAAGCUGCAGUUAACCGGCAGUCUGCUGGGAGACAGCCAGGCCCAGUUCCAGCUCUCUUCCUAUUGGACGAGCGUGACGUACUUUGAGAUCCCGCUCCCUUGUGGUUCUUCCUACUCCGCGACAGUGGAGAGCAGGAGCGCCGCCGGUACCAGCGACCCGUCUGCGCCUCUCAACCAAACCACAGCUCCCUGUCCACCAUCAGGGGUGGAGUACAGUGGUAACGGCUCCUUUGCCACAGUAGCGUGGAACGCAUCUGUGUUUGCCUCCACCUACACGGUGUACGACCCCAGUGCGACGCCCCCGGCCCAGCUGUGCAGCACCGCAGGCCUGUCCUGCUCCCUGUCCAACGUGGCCUCCCCCAGCCUGCUGAUCACGGCCAGCAACACAGCCGGAGAAAGUGAAACGACAAGUGUACCACAGGUGGUGACGCAAGGACGCAGGAGGAGAGAUCUCAGUGGACAAAAGCAUGGAGGCCUCUCAGCUCCCGUGCUCAAUGUCACACAGGCAAUGCCCACAGUUAUUUUCAUUGAGUGGUCUCCAAUCGCCGCUGCUUCCCACUACAGCCUGGUGAUCAAGGAGCAGAGCAGCUCCAGGGAGCCUCAGACGAUCACGGUGCAAGGCGAGAGCAUCAUCCUCACCGACCUGCGCCUGCACGCCGCUUACUGCUUCUCUGUGUCGGCCGAGGCCGAGGCCGCGAGCGGCCCGGAGUCCGAGCCCGUGUGUGUGCAGACGGGACCGCGGCCCCGGCAGGACGACACCACUCGAGGGCGGCGCUCGUCUGCCUAUUAAAAUGUGAUGGCGUCACCGUCACCAUGGCAGCGCUUUUCACAGUUAAAGAAACAUUUACCAGUUACUAUAUUACAAAACAACUUUAGGUCUGGGACCACAUGGGAAUGAAUUAGCAUGCUCUGACAUUUACGCUGAUGACCAUAACAUGUACAAUUUGUUUGCGGUGUUACAAAAGAUAUUUUCCAGAUAAGAGCCCAUGUUACAAGGAUUUAAAAGUUAUUAUAUAAAACAAUGUAUCUUGUGUCUGCUGUUUGUAAGAGGUUAUAUAUAUAUAUAUAUAUAUGGAUAUAUGUAUAUUAAAAAACUAUACUUUUUCUAUAUAAAUAUAUCUAUAUAUAGAAAAAGUAGUUUAAAAAAAAGAUCUUGGCCCUUGUACGUCACUUUUAUAAUGCCUAAAUCAGUUAAGUUGAAAUAUCAGAAAUUGAAAUUUUUUUCUUUUUUGUCACCACACCACAUCCACGUUGUUUGAAGCCUCAAAGCUUUUAGAACCACAACUACAGUCAUUUUAUUGUUCUGACCACAAAUCUAUAUAAUGAUAAUAAACUUUAAGAACAAAAGGU